AUGCCGGAGCUAGUCGAACCGGAAGCGGUUUUAAGUCCAGCUGCGGUAGGCUUGCAUAGCCACGAGUCUGGACCAGUCCCCGUGAGCUUUACCCCGCUGAUUCCGCAUGAUCACCCACUCAAGCUGGCGAUAAUGAUCACGGCGGCAUCCACCCUUGAAAAUGUGUGUGUUUUGCGACUGAGGCUGGUUCAGACAGGUUUGCCUGAGUAUAUUUGGCAAAAAUACUCGGGAGGACACUUUAAGAUCCAGCACAACCAAUUCCACAAACAAGCAGAGGUUGGUGUGGGUAACUGGGUUUUGUCACAAGCAGCAGCCCAGUUGCAGCCACGCAUAGUGUCCGUGUACCAGGACACGGAACAGCUCGGAGCAUUCAUGGAAGCAGUGAUCGUGGACUUGCGUGACGACGGGAAGUAUCCUGAGCCAGGAAAAGAGGUGAUUCGUGAAAACCUCUUCAAAAUGUUGAAGCACAUUCACCGCAUGAAUACGAUCGCAAGUCAAGUGAGAUCACUGUACGGUUGCUUUGACUGGAAAUUACGUGGUGAGGAAUAUGAUUACACGUUAAGUAGUCUGCUCCCGCCCAGAAGCUUCUUUGAGGCACCUGAGAGCAACAAACCUGAAGAUAAGGAUAGAUGGUUGUUGCUAGAGGAUGGUGUGCCAUUCGUGCAGGCACAGCCAGUGCCAACCGAUCAGCUUCAACCUGUGAUGCAAGAGCCGUCCGAGCAGGCUGUGUCGCCAGCCCAAGUGGCGUCUCCACCAGGUGAGGCACCGGGCGUGUUCGUGACUUCUGAUGAACUGCCGCACGAAAAGGCUCGUGAAAGGCCCUUCAAUGAUCUUCGAUUGAGGGCCUGGAGUUGCCUCUUUAACAGUAAGAGUUUUGAGCAAGCAGUGGGACAGCAAGCACUGCUUAGCUGCUGCACGUACUUUGGUUCUGUCCAUAGCACGCAGCAGCCUCCGACCUCUGUACCCGAUCCUUCCAAGGGUCCAGGUUCGGCGCCUGAACCCAGCUCUACAGAAGAGCAGAACACAGUUCGUGCCGGAUGGGGUAUUUGCCCACAUUACCGAAAGGGAUAUUGCAGGUAUGGCAAUGCCUGCCGCUAUGAGCAU